CGCUUUUCUCGCUUCACUCUACAACCUCAAAGUUUGGUGGCAGUCGCCGUAAUUGCGCGAACCUCUUUAUUCCUCUCUCUCUCUUUCGCUCGAUUGAUCUCGCUCAACCUCUCUCUCUCUUGCUUCGCUCGACGCGGCGAUUCUGGAUCUGCUGGUGCCGCCACGCCCUAGGGUUUUAUGAGCCAGCCCCUCCGGAGCUUCCUCUUCGUCCUCCAGCGGCGUCGCUGGAGCGCCGCCAGUUUGGACUCUUGGAAUGACGAAAUGGUAGCACUUCUGACGAGUUGAGAUGUCGGGGCUCCUGAUGCUUGUGUUUUCGCUGCUCCGUCUGGCUCCGAAUCGCACCGGACUGCAUAUGGCAAUGGAUCAGGCAGUAUCUCCAACAAACUCACCCAAACUGUGGAAUUUAACACCUUUAGGUCUUGCACCUUCUCCAGUUGUCUCUCCUAAACAUCAUGGUUCACACUUGAGACAUCAUUGGGUGAAACACCAUAGAAGUUUGCCGCCUGCUCCCUCACCAACCUCAGUGACACCAGAACAAUCUCAGGGUUGUGAUGAAAUAUCUUGCUCAGAUCCACUCACUUCAACCCCAAUUGGUUCACCUUGUGGGUGUGUCUACCCCAUGCAAGUUGGAAUUGAUCUUGCUGUAGCACCAUUUGAACUAUUCUCUAGAAUUGCUGAGCUUGAAGUUGAAGUUGCAGCUGGCACGUUUCUGAAACAAAGUCAAGUAAGAAUAAUGGGUGCCACUGCUAGCACUAAGGACCCAGAAAAGACAACAGUUAGUAUUGACCUAGUGCCUCUAGGUGAGAAGUUUGAUAAGAUGUCUGCAUUGCUGACUUACCAAAGAUUUUGGCAAAAGAAAGUGCCAAUAAACAUGUCUCUUUUUGGUGAGUAUGAUGUGUUAUACGUUCGUUAUCCAGGACUGCCUUCUCCACCACCCUCUUUUGGUGAGUCAUUGGGUCCAAGUGUUGGAGGUCAUCAAGAUCCACUCACAGCAAAUAUAUCAAUGCACAAGAAGCAGAAAUUUAAUGGAAGAAUAGUCGCCAUAAUUGUGUUAUCUUCAUUCAUACUUAUGCUGAUAUGCUUUGGCGCAGUGUGCAUGACUCUGAGAUUGAAGAAGCUUGGUCGAUCUUCUAGCUCUGUUGAACCUACAUGUACUUCCUCAAUAAUUCGAAAAACAGGCAAUAGAUCGAUAUUAUCAAGUAGUUUAGCCAGCUCGAUGUCAAUGUCCUUUGUUUCCGCCAUACCUACCUGCCCACCUUCAGUGAGGACUUUUUCAGUAUCUGAGCUUGAGAAGGCUACAGACAAGUUCAGUUCUAGAAAGUUUCUGGGCAAAGGUGGGUUUGGACGGGUUUACCAUGGUGUCAUGGAUGAUGGUGCUGAGGUUGCUGUUAAACUGCUUACCAAGGAGGACCAAAAUGGCGAUCGAGAAUUUAUUACUGAAGUAGAAACACUUAGUCGAUUACACCAUCGUAAUCUUGUCAAACUGAUUGGUAUAUGCAUUGAAGAUGGAAUCCGGUGUUUGGUAUAUGAAUUUGUUCGCAAUGGAAGUGUUGAGUCCCAUCUUCAUGGCCCUGAUAAAAUGAAGCAACCUCUUGACUGGGACUCGCGGAUGAAAAUUGCCCUUGGUGCAGCAAGAGGACUAGCAUAUCUGCACGAGGAUUCCACUCCUCGUGUCAUACACCGUGAUUUCAAGGCCAGUAAUAUCCUACUCGAGGCUGAUUUUACUCCCAAAGUUUCAGAUUUUGGGUUGGCUAGGGAAGCAUCGGAAGGAAUUCAUCACAUUUCCACCCAGGUCAUGGGUACCUUUGGGUAUGUUGCACCGGAAUAUGCUAUGACUGGACACCUCCUCGUUAAAAGUGAUGUUUACAGCUACGGGGUCGUAUUGCUCGAGCUUUUGUCUGGGAGGAAGCCAGUAUAUAUAUCUCAGUCUCAAGGUCCAGAGAACCUUGUUACGUGGGCACGCCCUUUGCUUACUACCACAGAAGGAUUGGAACAAUUGGUGGAUCCAUUGUUAGGCGGAAAGUACAACUUUGAGAAUAUGGCAAAGGUAGCAGCAAUUGCAUCCAUGUGCGUACAGACAGAGGCAUCGCAAAGGCCAUUCAUGGGAGAAGUGGUACAAGCAUUGAAACUGAUAUGCAAUGACAUGGACGAAGCCUGCGAUAAUUCUGUCAGCCACAGGGAGGAAUCGGUGGGCACAGACUGCGAUUUCAAGGGUGACUUUGACAGUGAGAGCAGUUGGUGGAACAGCGCUACACCGCGAAUGACAUACGGAGGAGCUGCUUCUUUCAUGACCAUGGAGUAUAGCUCAGGGCCCAUGGACGAGAUCCAGAGACCCCAUUCGGCAUCGAAUUUAGUCAGUGGGAUUGAAGGCUUGGUCAGGCCGAAUAGAUCCGGGCCAUUGCGGACAAAGAGGAAGAGACAACCAUUCCACAGAUUGAGAGGGAGCAUGAGUGACCACGGUCAUCCUUACGCUGUGUCGAGGCCCUGAAAGCAGCCACAGCUCCUUGGUUCAAGAUACGUUCGAGGAAAUGCUCAUUCCUGUCAUUUUUCCAUGGUGAUGUACAGCUUCGAGAGGCGUCUAUUCGCAAGCCAUAACUUGAUUUCUCAUUUGUGUUAUAUCAAUUCGUUUGUCGUCGUCGUCAUUCCAAAAGUCUCUAAUGUUACACGAGGUCCACUGUGCUUCCUCGCUUGUUACUAACGUUCUUGUGAUCUUUUACAAAUUUACUAGGUUUUGCAGUAGUUGGAAGUUUGUAAGUAAUCGAUGGUAGAAUUCUUACUGCAAAUGCUCAUGUUCUAUGUUCUAUAAUCAUAGGUCAACUUCACUUGACCUUAUGAGCUUGAUGAGAUAUUGUUCUUUAAGCGUGAUUACAGUUGACUGCUUUUA